UAACAUGGACAGUGAGUGUAGAAACAAGUGCAGGUGUACAAUUACUGCUACACGAGCAAGGAUUGGCUGGAUUCUGCUGGCUGAUCGAUGGUGCUGCACAGAGACGGGGGAUAACGGACAUCAGUGCGUGAUGGAUCUAUUGUGCGAUACGGAUCUCCGUAUGAACCCGCCCGGUGCAGGAGGAAAGAAGCGGUCGGUGCUGCACACGUGUCGGAGCGGGAGUCACGACCCUCCUCGGUCAGGAGUGGAUUUCUUGGUAACUGGAUAUGACUAAACGCGUAGAUAAAACAGGAAAAUCAGCCCCCAGUGGCGUCGCAGCCCUUCAGGGUUUUGUUCGGGAACAUUUGGACGCAUUUGCAUGGCAGGAUUUGUUAUUUUAAAGACUCGGAAUCUGCCUAAGUGCCGCAGAAAGAGAGACAAACCUGGACGGGAGAGAGUCCACAAAUCUACUCGCGUUACAGAUCUUUACUGAUUAUGGAGCUGAACGAUUUGCUCCUGUUCCUCACCGGUUUGGUCCCAGUCGUUGUCCUGCAGCCGGUCAUCCACAGUUAUCACCUGAUCGCGACGGCGGCCACGUGGUCGGACGCACAGAGCUACUGCAGGACGAAUUACGACGACCUGGCCAGCGUCACGAGCGCCGACGACUGGGUGAAGAUAGCCGCGGAGGCGAGCGGCAAAGGUCUGGCCCAGCCCGCCUGGGUGGGGCUGUACACGGACGUGGACGGCUGGCGCUGGUCCUAUAACGGCGUUCAGUUAGGCGCUACAAGCUACAACAAGUGGGGCAGUUACAGCACCAUGAAGGAACUGUGCGGGGUGAUUUACGAGGACGGGCACUGGGAGGAUUAUUUGUGCGAUGACGUCAACCCAAUCAUCUGCUACGAUGCUAGCCUCACCGGUGCAGCCAGGUUCAUCGGCGUUCCCAAGCCCUACGUGACCUGGCCCGAGGCUCAGACCUACUGCCGGACACACCACACCGAUAUGGCCACGGUGACCAACGACGAAGAGAACACCCUGGCCAUGCUAAUCGCUCAGCAGCAGACCUGGUCCUGGCUCGGCCUGUACAGGGACACCUGGAGGUGGUUGGAUGGGAACAAUGCUACGACCGUUGUGUGGCAGACUGGCGCCCCUGAUAACGCUGUACCCCCGGAGAACUGCGCCACCUAUCAGUCGGGCGGGCUGGGAGAUGAGCAGUGCAGCAACACCCACUAUUUCUUCUGUCACUCCGUUGUUGUACCGAAGAAACAACAGAUGGUGAAACUGCUGCUAAACUCUGACGACAGCGUAUUCGACCCAGCUGCGCAGGAGGCCAUUUUGGAUCUGGUCAAGGCCAAACUGAAGGAACACGGCGUCUGGCAGAACAUCACGGUGACCUGGAAGCUUCAAGCAGAUGAAAACGUCUUCACAAAGAUCACGGGGAGCCAGUAAUCCAGAAGCGCUCGUGCCAGCAGGAGGAACCGAACAAUGAGCGAUGAACUGUCCUGCAAUCAUCCCUGACGCUGCUGCAUCACACGUUAUCGAACAAAGUAGAGCAACAAUGUAGAGACUUUUAAAGAAAACAUUUAGGUGGGUAGGGGGUAGCAAUGGGGUACAUUGGAGAGACACUUCAGAGAGAUUAGGAGGUUGGAGAGACUGGGGUACACUGAGAUGAGCACUGAAGAUUGAGGAGCUACUUGGAAGAGAUUAGAGGUAUGUUCAAAUGAGGGUCUAGGUUGAAAAGGUAGGGGUAUCUGCCUCUUUUAAAUUGGGGUAACUUGGGAUGAUGUUACUUUACAGAGUUUGGAAAACUUGGGGAUGAAGACCACUGUGUAGAGAUUGGGGUAUUUGGGUGGGGUUACUUUAGAGAGAUUGGGGUAAUUGGGGGUAGGGUUACUUUGGAGGGAGCAAUUAUGGGCAAGCAGUAGCCUAGUGGUUAAGGUACUGGACUAGUAACCAGAAGGUUGCUGGUUCAAGCCCCACCACUGCCAGGUUGCUGCUGUUGGGCCCUUGAGCAAGGCCCUUAACCCUCAAUUGCUCACACUGUAACUGUAAUGUAAGUCGCUUUGGAUAAAAGCGUCUGCUAAAUGCCGAAAAUGAAAAUGAAAAUGAAUUAUGUUGUAAGUAAGAGGGUUACUUUGGAGAAGUAAGGGUACCUGUGGAUGAUGUUACUUUACAGAGUCUGGAGUACUUGGGGAUGAAGAUCACUGUGUAGAGAUUGGGGUAUUUGGGUGGGGUUACUUUGGAGAGAUUGCGGUACUUGAGGAAAGAGGUUAAUUUGGACCAAUUAUGUUAUAAGUAAGAGGGUUACUUUGGAGAAGUAAGGGUACCUGGGGAUGAGGCUACUGUGAAGAGAUUGUGUUAUUGGGCAGGGUGUUACUUUGGAGAAAUUGGGGUACUUUGGGGGAAUACUUUAGAUAGACUGGUGUACUUGGAGAUAGGGUUACUUGAUGAGAUUGUUAUUGGGCAAGGGGGUACUUUGGAGAGAUUAUAAGUAAGAGGGUUACUUUGGAGAAGUAAGGGUACCUAGGGAUGGGGCUACUAUGAAGAGAUUGUGUUAUUGGGCAGGGUGUUUGGAGACAUUGGGGUACUUUGGGAUGGGGGUUACUACUUGGAGAGAUUGGGGUACUUGGAGAUAGGGUUACUUUGAAGAGAUGAUGUUAUUGGGUAUAAAGGUCGGUUUGGAGAAAUUGGGGUCAUUUGGGAAUAGGGGUUAAUCUGGGAGAUACCUUAGAGAGACAGGGGUACUUGGGUUACCUUGGAGAAGUUUGGGUAUUUUGGGAUGGGGUUUACUCUGGGGGAUACUUUAGAGAGACUGUGGUACUUGGGAAUAAAGGUCACUUUGAAGAAACAUGGGUUACUUGGGAAUUGGGUUUGAAAGGUUGGGGUAUCUGUCACUGUUCAUCUCUUUUAAACACCGUUGUUAGGAUGGGGGUCACUGGGGUGAGUUUGGGUUCAUUUGGAAUGGAGGUAGAUUGGAGAGGCCACAUAGAUACCUUCAUCAUAUGAGUGUGAGGGGUCAGUUGAAGAUGUUGGGUUCUAGUUGGCCGGGGUUGAGAAGAAAAACCCAAACGGUCACCUGAUGCUUGAAGAAUAUUUGCCUGGAUGGUCAAAUGUAACGUUGGAGAUUGCUGCUUGAGGAGGAAUUUUCUCCUAAGCAAGGAACCCACUGUUCCACGUACUUCUUAAUAAGUGCAGACAAACUCUGUCUGGCUGUGUUCAUACUGUAUGGGCACAGAGAAGUGACCAACAAAGAAUUAGGAGCCAUGUCAGAGAGUUAAAUGACUUUGGAAGUGUUGGAAGUGAAGAUGUACCUUCAGGUGUUCUUCUGUACCUGUAAUAUUACCGGCAUUGUUUAAUAUGAAUAAAUAAAUCAAUCAAUAAAGAAGGAAAA